AUGGAGUACUGUACUAGGCUGUUAUGUCAAGCUUCUUUGGAUAAGAGGUUCAGAUUCCACCCGAAAUGCAAACCUCUUAAGCUAGUCAAUCUUUGUUUUGCUGAUGAUUUGGUUAUUUUUUGUAAGGGCAUCUCUAAUUCAGUUCAGAUAAUGAGGGAUAGCUUUACUGAAUUUUGCAAGGCUUCGGGUUUGUCUGCUAACUUGCAAAAGUCGCAGGUCUAUUUUGGGGGAUUGGAUGAUAGAGAGACUCAUCAAUUGCUUGAGAGGCUUCGGUUCACUGAAGGGAAUUUUCCUCUCAAAUAUUUAGGUGUUCCACUUCGAACAACUAAGUGGAAGGCUGGAGAUUGUGCUAUCAUCAUUACUAAGAUUCAGCAGAAACUUCAUACUUGGGCUAGCCGUCAUCUCUCGUUUGCAGGGAGGGCUCAACUGGUUAAUACAGUGCUUUUGAGUUUGAGGUCUUUUUGGAUGAGCAUUUUUAUGCUCCCUAAGAGUGUCACUAAGGAGAUAGAUCAUUUGUGUAGAAAUUUUCUUUGGGGAGUUAAAGAUGGCAAUGCUAAUCGCAGUAAAUUACACUUCACUGCUUGGAGCCAAGUUUGUCUUCCGAAGUGUAUGGGUGGUCUUGGCUUUAAGGAGGGUUGCUCUUGGAACACAGUUCUCCUUGCUAAGUUCGUGUGGGCUGUUUCUAGUAAGCAAGACAUCCUAUGGGUGAAAUGGGUGGACUCAAUCUAUCUGAAGGGUCAGGAUUUCUGGUCCUAUUCUAUUCCUCAGGAUGUUAGUUGGUAUUGGAGGAGAUUAGUGAAAUUGAGAUCUAUUUUCUCUACUAACAGUUUAGCUGCGGCUGUUAAGAAGGAUAAACUCUGUUUGAAAUUGUUGUAUUACAGAUUACUCAACAGGGAAAGAGUUGAGUUUGCAAAUGUGGUUUGGUGCUCUUUGGCUGUCCCUAAGCAUAGGUUCAUCCUUUGGCAAGCUUGUCUUGGUCAUCUCCUUACUCGGGACAAGCUGCAUUACUGUAACUUGGAGAUGCCUUCUUUGCUGUGUCCUGUUUGUGAAAUGGAGCAGGAAUCUCAUGCUCAUUUGUUUUUUGUUUGUCCCUUUUCUCAACAGCUCAGGGCUUAA